GGUUCGUACCUCGGCACCACAAACCUGCCCGGAACCAGGUUAACCCACAAAUCGAAUUCCGGUGCGGGCGCCGCCGCCAAUCGUCAGGCUCGGCGAGGCGAAUCUCCGUGACGUCACACAGCCAGCGGCGGGCGGGGAUUGGGCGGGACAUCCCUCCCUCUAGCUUCCGGGGCUCGCCGCCCGCGCUGCUUCCAGCUGCACAGACCCAGGCAGGGAGCGGGAGAGAUUCGGGCGGGCGGCGAGCGACGGCGCCAUGGAGAUGGAAGGCGCAGAUGGGGCUGCUGUCCCCCCCAGCUUGGCCGAUCGCUCCCAUCGAAGCAGCAUCUCCUCCAUGUGUGCCCGAUCGGUGGAUGUCCUGGUAUAUCUGAUCGAUGACACUGUGGUGCAGCUGAGCGUGGACAGUCUGAUGUCUGUCACUGUUCAUGAGCUACAUCGCAUCGUCCGGGACGCCCUGCAGCUUCCUGAAUAUGCCAUGGAAGUCUUCGCCCUGUGGCUCAUCUCUCCCUUGCUUGAGGUGCAGCUGAAGCCGAAGCACCAGCCAUACAAGCUGUGCCGCCAGUGGCAGGAGCUGCUCUUGCGUUUCACGGAUUGCCAGGAGGAUGAGAUCAUGCAGGAUGAGCCUUCCCUGCAGUUCAGAAGGAACGUGUUUUUCCCGAAGAGAAGGGAGCUGCAGAUCGAAAACGAGGCUGUCCUGCGGCUGCUCUACGAAGAGGCCAAGUUCAACAUCCUGGAGGGACGCUACCCGUGUGACGUGGAGGACUGCGAGCAGCUGGGGGCCCUGGUCUGCAGGCUGCAGCUGGGUCCCUACGACCAGGACCAGCAUACGGCCUGUGCCUUGAAGGAGAAGCUGGAGGCCUUCCUGCCUGCUCACCUGUGCCGGCGGGGGCACAGCCUGCUGACGGCACUAUGGAAGCGGGGGGCCAAGCAGCCAGCCUACGAGCAGGGGCUGCUCCAGGCCUACCAAGCAGUGCGGGAGGAGGCAGCCUGCGAGGAGCCUGAGGCUCUGCGCCAGCACUACCAGGCCUAUCUGCAGAGGUGCCACCAGCUGCCAUACUAUGGCUGCGCUUUCUUCUAUGGGGAGAUUGACAAGCCAGCCCAGGGCUUCCUGCACCGGGGAGGGCGCAAGGCAGUGUCGGUCGCCAUCAGCCUGGAGGGUGUGUACGUCAUGGAUAGCAAGGAGAAGCACGUCUUACUGGGCCUGCGGUUCCAGGAGCUCUCGUGGGACCACACGUACCCCGAUGAGGAGGAGGAGCACAUCCUCUGGCUGGAGUUCGAUGGGGAAAACGAAGGGACCCUGGUCAACAAGCUGCUGAAGAUUUACUCCAAGCAGGCAGAGCUGAUGAGCGGCCUUAUCGAGUACUGCCUGGAGCUGAACGCAGCAGCGGAGGCAUCGGCCCUGGAGAACAGCACCCUCCAGAGCCCCACGCUGCCACCUCUGGCCAACAAGCAGCGCCCCAAGCUGCGACGGCAGAACAGCGUGGUCUGCAGCCGCAUCCAGCACCUCGCCACCAUAGACUACAUUGAGGAUGGUAAAGAGAUCAAGCGUGUGAAACCCAAGCGGACGGCCUCCUUCUUCACCCGCCAGUUCUCGCAUGGCGCUACCUCCUACUCAGCUGUGCAGGCUCCAGCGGAGAGCCUGGAGCAGGGCUGAGUGCCGUCUUCGCCGGUGCACAGGGAGCAAUGGACCGAUCCAUCUAGGGGCAUGCCCUGUGCCCAGCACGCUGGCUCUCCUCCUAGUGCCUCUCUAAGUUAUUCUGUGUUAAUUUAUACCAGUGGGAUCCCAGCUUGCUGCAUCAAAAGUCUCUCUAUUGCAGCCAUUCCAGCCUGAGCCCUCAGGUGCCUGGGCUCUUCUGGUUAUGUUGCUUUGAGUGUUCUCUGCAGCUGGGCAGUGACAUCCCCUCCCUCCCCUGGGUGGUGGAAGCCUCCCGGUGUGGUUCUACUGUAUGUGUGCUGGCACACCGCUGUUGAUCUCACUUGGCACCGAUGUAAAUGAGGGGAAGAGCAGCCAUGUCACCUCGCCGAGCCACCUCGCCGAGCCACCAUUGCUCUGAGAUCAUCUCUUCCCUCCCCCCCCCACUCCCGGCGCUCCUAGACCUCUGAGAGCUGCCCUGAUGGUGAGCAUGCUCUGCAUCGUUCCUGCCUCAGAGCUCUGAGUCUCUCCCCCCCGGGGUGAAGUGUCCCGUCAGCACUGGCUUCAUGGAGUGCAGGACCAGAACCUGCCUGCAUGUGCCCAUCAGUUCAGCACAUCAGGGUCCUGCAGCACCUCGCUUGUCCUGAAUGAGGAACUCUCCUGUCUCUGAAUGUCACCUCCCUUGAGGGGAGGGAUUCAUCCGGUCUCCCGCGCAGGGCGGGAAGGGCUGCGCCGCGUUGGUUCAUUCCACAUCUGAUAGAAUAUUGAGGUGUCUUGGCUAUAUCCCCUGGUGGAUCGUUCCAUUUUCCAACCUGUGUGGGAGUCGGAUGGGGAAGGGGGAUAGUGAUUCUGACAUAACCCCGCCUGCGUUUCUGGGUGAACUGAUUGCGUAGCAGCUUUAAGACCUUUUGCAAUCCAGCUGGGGAGUCUGAUUUCAAAGCUGGCCUCACCUCUGGUCCAUGGCUAAUUCAGUCCAGGAGAGGUAGGCACGAGGUGUUCAGUGAAGUGAAGCGGGGAAGACUGCUUUGCUGCCGACGCUUCACUGAGAAACAAGCCUCCUGGGCCUAUCAGCUCAGGACAUCUCACCAGCCCUAAAAAUCCCUUCCUGGCUCCUGCAUCUACUUCCUGCCCCAGGAACUCAGCCCGCUUUUUGGAGGGGUUUGUACGUAUCGCCCUUUCUGUUGAUGGGAUAUUUUUCUCGAUGGCUGGACAAGUGAGUUGCUGGUGCAGGAAAUGGGUGACUCCCCCACAUGAAGACUUGUUCAGCUGUGAAGGAGACACGCUGGGGUAUUAACACAAAGGAUCAGUAAUUGACUGCAGCAGGUUUCCUCGCUGGACGUGCAGCUGUUGGAAGGAACAAGCUCCUUGCCUUUCUGAGGCUGCUGGUUGGUCUAUUUCAAGUUGGGUGUGGUGACAUAUGCCAGGGGUCCAAACUGCUUUGCCCUAUCCGUUCAGUACACAGAGGCUGUUUUGAACAACUCCGCCUGUGUCUGUGGUUUGGACUUGAGCCAAAGGGGGGGUUGAGAUACACCAGCCCUGUUAACUUUAACAAGAGCUGUGCAUCUAAAUCUCUUGCUUCAUUUUUGAAAAUCUUAGCCUUAAAACCCCAGCACUGCACACUUUCCUGUGAGUGCUUUAUUUCCCUAAUGGGGAAGAGCUCUAAUGGGUGCUUAUUAAAUGACUGUGUUGCUUGUUAACCUCCCUCCCCCUUUUUAAAUCUGCACUGUGCAAUCUAGGGUAGGUGGAGACAUCCUUUUAAUAUGGAAAAAAACCUUUCAGGGUGGGAUGUUUAAAGGGACAGAGGGGAUUUAGUCUCUGAACGCCUGUUGAAUUUCACUGGGAAUUGGGUGCUGAUUGGAAACCUUAGCCUUGCUUACUGCAGUGCUGUUUGGAGAGUGGGGAGCAAGCUGAGAGUGUGAAAGUGGAAUAAGUCAAUUUCCCCAUCUAGACAAAUCCUUGGUGGCUGGCAGUGGCUUUGUGUGCGUGGGCAAUCUGGGGGAGGAGGGACGUCACCCAGGGGUAUUGAGAAUCUUAAGCCAUACAGACCUGCCAGCCACACACCUCAGCUGCACAAGCACAGCACACACUGCUGUGCUCCCCAGUCUCCAUCAUGCACGUCACCUUGGAAAUCUCUCUCCUAUGGCAGCGAGGGUUUUCCAGGGAUUGUACCACGACAGUUCGCUUGCCUUCUCAGCACACCCCACCAGGGAACCAGAUGUUCCUGCUCAUGGACUGAGCCUGAAUGGCAGUUCAUUCCCCUGCGCUGCCUAGAGAGGGUAAACGGCCAUAAGCUAUAGAUCUAAACUGCUUAUCCCGUGUUAGCAGCACUUGUGCCAAAAAAGCUUUGCCUUCUUCCCCUGGGGGUUGGCAGCUGAGCCCAUGGUGCAGUUGGGGUCAGGCUGGCAUUCUGAGCUCAGUGCCUUAGAUUUCCAAAGGGUUUCAGGCACCAACUCCCAUUGAAUUUCAAUGGGAUUCCCUUCGCUCCUUUGGGGGAAAGCACUAGUCCCCAUCUGUUGGCUUUGAGCACUUGUUGAUGCUAAUCCGGCAUCCAAACUGAUCAGCAAUCAGACUGCUUGGGACUGUCACUGCCUAGGGGGUUGAAGUGUUCAUCUCGGGUUUCCCUUGGGAAUUUCCAAGUGGUCUUGUCCUCCGUUCCUUUGGGCCCUCCUGGCAUUGCAGCGUCGCUAAGCGCUGAUGUUGCUGAUCCAGUGGCAGCAGGAGUGGGAGGUGUAGGCAGACUUUCCUCUGGGGCAGAGUUUGUUCACAGAUCGUAAGGUAGAAAGAUGGAGUUUUUCCGUGUGUUACCAAGUGGCUUGGCUGGUUUCAGAACCUGUUUGACAGCAAAAGUGUAAGGGUGGGGGGGGAGAUUCAGUUUGGGGAAGGGAAAAAAUUAGGCUCCAAUUAUUUUUAGGGUUGGCUGGAAAAGCUGCAGCACUUAGAGGAAGCAGGCCAGCUGCUUUGCCAGGGCUGGCUGCGUUUGCACCCAAAUGGCAUGCAAAGCUUUGGUUCUUGUCAGGGACAGCCUGCGUGUUGGGAGGGCUGGCUUGGUGCUGACAGAGGCAUUGAUGCCGCAGGCUUUUAGAUACGGCACGGUGGAAGCAUCAGUGGGUUAGCUGGGCCCAACUAACAACUUGUCUAACUUCCCUCUGGCUUUGUAGCAUGUGCAGUCCCAUGAUUAGUGUAUUUCUGGAGUGUGUGCCGCUGCCUUAGUGCUAGGAUCCAAGUGUUGGGCUCUGUCUGUCUCAUCUCAGUGGGAAAGGUGGUCUGCUAGAGGGACUUCAUAAAUGAUUUUGCUCCAGCCCUAGGUUCAUCUGGGUCCUGGGCUGAUUUCUAGCUCUGCCAGCCAGUGCUCCGGCUCCAGCCGUUCUCCCAGUAUGAUGGCACUGCCCGUUCUGCUUCCAAGCCACAUUUGUGAUCAGCUCUGUUUUUCCGCAGAGUUGUUCUGACCCAGUUAGCAUCUUGUGCUCACUUUGUGCUGUGGUUCCUGUUAGUGCAAAGGUGCAGGACUGCGGUGAAUCUAGUUCCAAGCGCUGAAUGGAGCGGAAAUGGGGGUUGCUAGUGAUUUGAGUAAAAAUAAAAAACUGUGCAAAAAAAUACAGGGCAUAAUCCUGUUUCAAACUGGGGGUGGGGUGGGGCUUAGAACCUUCCCUGGGGUACCUGGCAGUUUCUCACUGUACUGCAGAGUCAACAUGUUAAUGUGAGCAUUGAAAUGGUACGCCACAGAACGCAUCCCAGUUUCACUGUGGUGAAAGAAAAGUACGCUGGUUAAAAGUGACAGCCAUGUUCUCUGGGCAGGAGAACUCUGAUAUCCCACAUGCAAAGGCUGGGCUCUGUCUUGUGCCACGGGACUGAAGCACAAGCCUUUGUGAGACAGACAUGGAUUCUUGCAGAUUUGGAGUGGAGCACGGGGGGAACUGCUGCAGCUGUGAAUGAGCCACAGGUCAGCUAAACACGAGGGCUCUGGAUUUCAGUAGUGAGUCUGGGGGAAGUCCAGCCUGAGACUCCUCCAAUGGGACUGGAUUUUCAAAGAGCAGCUGGUCAGCAAUUCCUGCAAACGAGGCCCCUUUUAAGGGUAGCCAAAAGUUGAAGCACCCAAAAUCCUUAGUCACUGUUGAAAACUCUUGAGGAUCAUUCAUGUUAAACCUGAGUGUCUGAACCCUGAAUACUCUGGGCUGUUAUGUCAGUAGAAGGCACCUUGAAGCAUCUUCUCUUUAAUGCCACAAAAGCUUUCAAAGCAGACAAAAUGCCUUCGUUCUGCAUCUGAUGCAAGGUCCACUGCAGUGCCAAGUGGGUGUGAAACACCGCUGGGUCCUUGCAUGCACUCUGGUAAAAUUGCUACAUGAGGCUGAUGGAACUAGGCCCAAAGGUUCCAGUCCCCCUCUGCGAUUGGAUUCAGGCUGAGUUGGCGCUUUGGCCAGUGCCUGUUUUGUGAUCAGCUUUGGGGACUGCCAUGGGGGCUUUUAAAAACGCUGAGCUUGGCCUUCAUUCUGCACUUCCCGAUCAGCCUGUGGUUAGCAGGUUGGGAGGGGCCGAGGGAGAAAAUAGUUUGCCUCUUAGCCAUUUGCAACUGCUGGUGCUCGCGUAACUGCAUUCCUCCUUUUACUAGGUCAUACGUCACAUCCUUCUGAAAAUGACCCCACAGUUCUUGUUACAAACUAAAGGGAAGACUUUUAAAAAGCUCCUGAGCGAUUUUGGAGCACAGAUCUCUCUGAAUCGCCUGAUACUUGUGCUCCUAAACACCAGGCCAUGCUUCAAAAUUCCCCCCUUAAUGAUUAAAAUUGGGCAAAAUGUUUUUUUGUUUUGUUUUUGUAAACCCAUUUUAUAUUUUUUCUCUUCUCUUAAGGGCAGUUAGUUACAAGUCAGUUUCAUACUGAGGUUUUCAUACGCUUGCACAAUGGCUGCAAUGUUUUGGGUUUGCAAGAUUUUUUUUAAACAAUGUAAACACUGCUGUUGGUUUGAGGUUUGGCUAAAAACGCAGGAGGGUGUUUUAACUACACUUGGGCAACCUCUGGACCCACUUCCUCUCAUUUUUGGAAGGCAAAGGGCUACUGUUUUGGUUUCACAGAUGCAAAUAAUGCUCCCUAGUACUUUACAGAUGAUCACCUGGUGUGUCUUCCUACCCUUCCCCCAGCAUAUUUCACAACAGCUGCAAGAAGACAGCUUUGGACUCUGACGCACUUGUCCAGAUUUUCACUGAAGCUGUGCUGUUUACAGCACCUGGAAUCACUGUAUUGCUUUAGACCAGCGGAUGUUCUGGCCCAUUAUCAACAUAAAACUCCAUAUUAUUAACAUAGGUUUUGAAAAACCUACAACACUAACUAGUUGCCACAUGGAGAAUUUGGAAGAGCCACUAUAUUUUUCACAAAUGAUCCUGUGUCUCACUUUUGCAUUUACCAUUAAAGUUAAACUGGUCGGUUUCCCUUUUCGGCAUCAGUUCACUUUCUCCUUCUGAUGCUAUUGUACUGUAUUUGGGUCUCUGAAUGUCAUUUAAAUCCAAAUAACUUUGUCACUGACUUGUUUGAUUUAAAAAUUCCAAAAAAUGUCUAUUCACACUAAGCUUUGUAAACCUUCCCCUUUGUUUUGUAUAGAGUGAAUUUUGGGUUCUGUGCAUACAUGGUCCUUUCAUUCCAGCCUUCUUGUCUGUUUAAUUCUAGAAGUCUGUGGAGUGAGAUACAUAUUUUUCACUCUUGGCAAGAUCGCCUGUCAUGUUUGUCUGGUGCCAUGAUGCCUUUCGGGAUAAAAUUGCCAACAUGUGUCUUAAACCACAAUCCAUACAGUUGGGUCUAAGAUCAGUAUAUGCCCAGCACUUUGUAAAUGUAUCUUCAAAGGCAGUGCCAUGGAAGGAAAUUGACUGAAAUGUAUUCUCUCUGGUAGCCAGUAAGCAAAUCAUUCUAAUGUUACCUGGAGGAGUUGUGCUUUCCAGGCUGGAUUCUGCCCUCAGAGACCCGAGUUUGUAAUGGAGAAUCAAGCCAAUAAUCACUAUACACAUCUGUCUGAACUGUAUCAUUCUGUCUUGAGCUCAUUGCAUCUUGUAUCCGGAAGUGUUAAUUUUGUGUGUGUGUGUUUGAAUUCCCCUGAACUGGAAAUAUGUCAUACCUAUCUAUGAUAUGCAACACAAAAUGGCCUUCUCUUUUUACUGAUUUCUGUGUGAAUUUCAUUUUUACAAAAAAAAAAUUGUGUACAUACUAAUAUUUUUCUUUUGUAUGCUACAGAUCACUCAUAAUAAAGAGGCUGUUUUCAACAAA